CCCUCCCUCGCUAACGAUCAAACCCCGUCUGUUAUUACCAAACACCCCCUUCUCCUUCUUCUUUCUUUCUUUCUCUCUCCAAAAUUUCAUAUCGUCUCCAUCACUACUCUCCUUGAACACAUUUUUCAAUUUCCACUGUGAUCGAUCCGCAACCACCGGUGAUCGACAAUGGCGAGGGCUAGCACUGGCCCCGCUUACCCUGAACGCUUCUACGCCGCUGCUUCUUACGUUGGUUUCGCCGGAUCUCCCGAUUCCUCCGCCUCUAACGCCGUUGUCUCUAAGUUCAAUAAUGAAGCCGCUCUUUUACUCUAUGCUCUUUAUAAACAGGCUACUGUUGGACCAUGUAACAUUCGGAAACCAAGUUCUUGGAGUCCUAUUGAGCUAAGCAAAUGGAAAAGUUGGAGUGGCCUAGGAAACAUGGCGCCUGCAGAAGCCAUGCGCCUAUUUGUGAAGAUUUUAGAGGAAGAAGACCCAGGAUGGUAUUCAAGAGCAGAUGUGGAGUCGGACGCAGUUGUUGAUGUGCAAAUGAAUCACAAUUCAAAGAGUGAGGAAAUCGUUGAGAAUGGCAAUGCUUAUCCGGAGACAAAGACAGUUUCCUCCGAAAAUGGAGCUGUAGUGGAAUCUCAGGAUAAGGAUGUUGUCUCUGAAGGUCUUGGAUCAAUUAGUGUCUACGACCAAUGGGUUGAACCCCCCGUUUCCGGCCAACGACCUAAACCUCGAUAUGAGCAUGGAGCAGCUGUUAUAGGGGAGAAGAUGUAUGUCUAUGGCGGAAAUCACAAUGGCCGGUAUCUUAGUGAUCUUCAGGUUUUAGAUCUGAGAGCGUGGACCUGGUCUAGAGUUGAAGUCAAGACAGGGACUGAGACGCCAGAAGAGCAAUCUUGUAUUCCAUCUAUCCCCUGCGCAGGUCACACGUUGAUAUCAUGGGAAAACAAGCUUCUCUCAGUUGCUGGGCAUACUAAGGAUCUUUCCGAGACAAUCCAAGUGAGGGUUUUUGAUGCGCAAACAUCAAGUUGGUCAAUCCUGAAGACAUACGGAAAGUCACCGAUAUCGCGUGGGGGUCAUUCUGUUACCGUGGUUGGCUCCACCUUAGUUAUCUUUGGUGGUCAAAAUGCAAGCAGAACUCUCUUAAAUGAUCUUCACCUUCUUGACUUGGAAACCAUGACAUGGGAUGAAUUUGAUGCUUUGGGUGCACCUCCUUCUCCAAGGUCUGAUCAUGCUGCUGCAGUACAUGCAGAACGUUACCUCCUUAUUUUUGGUGGUGGUUCUCAUGCUGCUUGCUUCAAUGAUUUGCAUGUUCUUGAUUUGCAAGCAAUGGAAUGGUCGAGACCCACCCAACAGGGCAACAUACCAACUCCACGAGCUGGACAUGCAGGUGUGACUGUUGGAGAAAAUUGGUUUAUUGUCGGAGGAGGGGAUAAUAAGAGUGGUGCCUCUGAGACUGUUGUUCUCAAUAUGUCGACACUUGUCUGGUCUGUUGUCACUUCAGUCGAAGGACGUGUUUCCCUUGCUAGUGAGGGUGUAAGUUUGGUUGUGGGCUCAUACAAUGGGGAAGACGUCCUAGUUGCUUUUGGAGGUUAUAAUGGUCGAUACAACAAUGAGGUCCAUGUUCUCAAACCUAGCCACAAAUCCAGCUUGCAGUCCAAGAUAAUAGAAACACCUGUACCUGACAGUGUCUCUGCUGUGCAUAAUGCCACAAAUGCCACUAGAGAUUUGGAAUCUGAACUUGAUGCAGGACAAGAUGGAAAAAUUAGGGAAAUUGUAGUGGACAAUAUUGACGGGGAGAAAAUCAAAAACAAGGAAGGUGGAGAGCGUUCUAUAACAGCUCUUAAGAAAGAAAAUCAAGAGCUGGAAUCUGAACUAAGUAGGGAAAAAUCGCAGAGUCAACAGUUGAAGCAAGAGUUAGCAGAAGCUGAAAAUCGAAAUGGCGACCUUGUAAAGGAGCUCCAAUCUGUACGCGGUCAGCUUGCUGCAGAGCAGUCUAGGUGUUUUAAGCUUGAGGUUGAUGUUGCUGAGUUGCGGCAAAAGCUACAAACAAUGGAGCAACUGGAGAAGGAACUAGAACUCCUACGUAGACAGAAGGCAGCCUCUGAACAAGCAGCCCUCAGUGCAAAGCAGAAGCAGGGUUCUGGUGGUGUAUGGGGUUGGCUUGCAGGGGCCCCCAAUCAAAGAGAAGAUGAUGCCUGAUGAUUCAAAGUAUGGAAUCUUGCUAGUUUUGUCUGUGAUUGAUUUCAUUUCAUUACUCAGUGAAAUUCAGUUUUGCCUUAUGUACCAGUUUUUUUUAUUUUUUGGUCCCAGGAUAACAAUUAAAAUAUUUUUUUUCCUAGUCUAAAAUUGAAGGUUCAGGGAAUGCAAAUUGGAAAACCCUGUAUACAAUAGUCACAUAGUCGUUUCCGGCUCACCAUGCUUGUAGUAAUAGUAGUAUGUAUUGUAAAACAGGUGUAAAGACUACACUGAGAACUGAGAGGGUUUUCUAAUCUGUCUUUGUUUGGAAUUUUUUCGCUAAUUAUAAUUUUUUUGGUA